CCCUGGAACUGACGUCACCACACAGCUGGACAGCUGGAUCGAUAAAUUCUGUCUGGACGCGGAUGUGUUUGUGUUGGUGGCGAACUCUGAGUCCACUCUCAUGAACACGGAGAAGCAUUUCUUCCACAAGGUCAAUGAACGCCUGUCAAAGCCUAACAUCUUCAUCCUGAACAAUCGCUGGGACGCGUCUGCUGCCGAACCCGAAUACAUGGACGAUGACCUUGUAAACAGGAAAAUGACUGAGAGAAAGGAAAUAAAAUCUACAUUGACCUGGCAUAAGGAGGAAUUGGACUCAGGUGUUUGUGAUGUGACCAAUUCUCUGUCAAAUGCUCUACCACAACACCACCUAAGCAGUUUUGCUAGCUGGUGUAGCCUCAUUCAGUAUACUCAUGUAUUCAGAUUUCCUGAUCAUAUGCCCUGAAGAUAAUUGUGAUUGUAUCGCAAACUGUUUAUUUGUGUUAAAAAUGUAAUAAAGCUGCUGGCCAUGUGACCUGAUGAUUUGUCAGCUGUUGUAAUGUCUUCACACACAUUUCCUUUCAUGCACAACCCAAAUUGUGAACGUAGCAAUUGGUGCAUUUUUCAUGAAUUUAUCUAAGAGAAAAAAUUAUGUAAGUUCCUGGUCAUUUGACCUGAUGACAUCAUAAAUUAUACAUGAACCUGACCAAAGCGGGAAUCGAACAUAGUUUUUUUUAAUGAUGUGCCCUGCCCACUAGCGAACUGUCUACCCCAACUCCACCUAAUCAUUGCAUUUUACUUGUGUAGCCUCAUAUAUAUACUCCAAUUCCCUGAUCAUAUGCCCUGAAGAUAAUUGUGAUUGUAUGGCAAACUGUUUAUUUGUUAAUGUAAUAAAGCUGCUGGCCAUAUGACUUGAUGAUUUUACUGCUGUUGUAAUGUGUUCACAG